AUGACGGGCAAAGACAAGAGAGAAAGGAUGUUUGUGGUUAAACGGAAUGGAGAAAAAGAGGAGGUUCAUUUUGAUAAAAUCACCACCAGGAUUGAAAAACUAUGUUAUGGCUUGGACAUGGAUUAUGUGGAUCCGCCGGCGAUAACAUCAAAAGUAAUCGAUGGUCUUUAUGCUGGUGUGACGACAGUUCAAUUAGAUAAUUUAGCUGCUGAAAUAGUUGCUACUAUGACAACUAAGCAUGCUGAUUAUGCUAUCUUAGCAGCUAGAAUUGCUGUAUCUAAUCUUCACAAAGAAACUAAAGCUAGUUUCAGUGAGGUAAUGAACGAUCUACACAAUGCCAUUGAUGAGAAGACAAAAGACCACGUCCCAGUAAUCAGUAAGCAUCAUAACGACAUAAUCCAAAAGCACAAAAAAGUGCUAGAUGCAGCAAUAAACUACGACCGUGAUUUUGGCUAUAAUUUCUUUGGUUUCAAGACACUGGAGCGUAGUUAUUUAUUAAGAAUAAGCGACAAAAUAGUCGAGCGUCCUCAGCAGAUGUUGAUGCGAGUUGCUGUAGGGAUCCACGAAGAAGAUAUUGAUAAGGUCCUUGAAACUUAUGAGCACAUCAAAUGCGGGGGCGGAAUCGGCCUGAGCAUCCACUGUAUCCGCGCUAAAAACACCCCAAUCCAGAGUACCAACGGCGUAUCAAACGGCUUGGUACCAAUGCUGCGUGUGUUCAACAACACAGCUCGCCACGUCGAGCAAUUCGGCAACAAGCGACCGGGCGCCUUUGCAAUCUACAUCGAACCCUGGCACUCAGACAUCUUCGACGUACUUGACCUAAAAAAGAACACCGGAAAAGAAGAAUACCGCGCCCGGGAAUUAUUCUACGGUCUCUGGAUCCCUGAUUUGUUUAUGCAGCGUGUUAAAGACAACGGCAAAUGGAGCCUGAUGUGUCCCCACCAAUCUCCUGGUCUUCACGAUUCAUGGGGUGAAAAAUUCGAAGAAAUUUAUACUAAAUACGAAGAGCAGGGUCGGUAUGUCCGUCAAGUCGAAGCUCGUGAUAUUUGGAUGGCGAUACUUAAAUCCCAAGUCGAAACCGGAACUCCCUACAUGGUCUACAAAGAUCACUGCAAUCGCAAGUCUAACCACCAACAUCUCGGUACAAUUAAAAGCAGUAAUUUAUGCACUGAAAUAAUUGAAUACUCUAGUCCGGAAGAAAUAGCAGUCUGUAAUUUAGCUUCAAUUGCCGUAAAUAAAUUUGUCGACACGACAAAUUACACUUACGACUUUGAAAAAUUAAAAGCAGUCACCAAAAUAGUCACCAAAAAUUUAGACCGUGUAAUUGACGUAAAUUCUUAUCCAUUACCCGCGGCUGAAAAUUCUAACCGCAAGCACCGUCCAAUGGGAAUAGGUGUCCAAGGUCUUGCAGAUGCUUUCAUACUAAUGCGCUAUCCUUUCGAGAGUGAGGAAGCUCAGAAAUUGAAUAUCCAAAUUUUUGAGACUAUUUAUUACGGAGCUCUAGAAGCCAGCUGCGAAAUGGCUCAAGAAAAAGGCACCUAUGAAACUUACAAGGGUUCUCCAGUUAGUAAGGGAAUUUUGCAGUACGACAUGUGGGAUGUAAAGCCGACUGACUUGUGGGACUGGUCGGAGCUAAAAGCUAAAAUUGCGGAACACGGGUUGAGAAAUUCACUUUUAUUGGCGCCUAUGCCUACAGCAAGUACUGCACAAAUUUUGGGGAAUAAUGAAUCUAUUGAACCGUACACUAGCAAUGCUUACGUAAGGCGUGUUCUGUCUGGAGAGUUUCAGGUUGUUAAUCCACAUUUACUCAAAGAUUUGGUUAAGCACAAUUUGUGGAACGAUGAUAUGAGGAAUGAAAUCAUUGCUAACAAUGGAUCUGUUCAGGAGAUUGAAUCUAUUCCGGAUGAUCUGAAGAAAUUGUACAAAACUGUCUGGGAAAUUUCACAGAAGACGGUGUUGAAGAUGGCUGCUGACAGGGGCGCUUUUAUUGACCAAUCUCAGAGCCUUAAUGUUCACAUGGCUGAACCCACUACGGGGAAAUUAACUUCCAUGCACUUUUAUGGCUGGGAAAUUGGGCUGAAGACUGGGAUGUAUUAUUUACGCACCAAGCCUGCGGCUAGUGCUUUGCAGUUUACUGUUGAUAAAACUAGGCUGCCUAAUUACCGUCCUAAUAAAGGGUUGAAUGAUAGCAGUUCGGCUGAGCCUGGUGAAAAUAGGAAAGUGGAACUUACAGAAGAGGAGAUAAAAGAAGAAGAAGAGGAUCCGGUACUUGUUUGUUCAAGGGAGAAUGGGGAAGCUUGUAUGGCUUGCAGUGGAUGA